AUGAGCCGAUGCUUCCUUGUGGAAGAGGGUGAAGACCUAUACAGCGGGUCGACAACGCCGAUCACGAACGCACAUUCAAACAACGGACAGCAACACGAGAAGGGGUGCAUGUUUAAUGACCAUCUUGGGACCGAGGUAACAUACGUGCGCGUCCAUACGUAUCGUGCCUACGAUGCUCGUCCAAGGAACGACUCGACGGUGAAAGCCCAACCGGACGAGCGCAGGAUCACCACCGGCAGGGAAAAAAGAACGCGUGCCGUUCCAGAGAGCUGGCUCCGCCUGUCCGGUCUCGCGGGUCUCGCGAGUCUUUGCGCGUGUUCAGACGGAGUGAAAGAGAUGCAGUUCAUUCUUGGAUGGGCGCCGGCACGCACGCCUGCGCGUAAGGCCGUCAGCGGCGAACGUUAUUGUAUUGUGAAGCCACUAACCUUGCUGGCAGCACCCUUCGCGGGGGCAACGUGGGGAUGGGAGGCAAAUAUACCUUCAUCUUCACGAUCAGACGCUCUCAGUGGAAAUUUCACGCUGACGGCUGGCCCAAGGAGGGCUCAGUCCAGCUUCCCGCCGGGAGCAGCGCGGAAGGGACGGAUAAUUUUAUUCGCGGGCCUACUACAAGGCGCGGGUCAUCUAGCCCUUGCCGCACUAGCGUCGCCGCGAAACGUACGGCAAGCGACAGUGGCAGUUCCCGGUCACUGUUCCGUGGCAGUCGACCAAAGCGGGAAAAGUGAAGGGCCCCUGACGUGGCGGCGAGAUGAAAGGGGAUAA